UUUUUAUUUAUUUGAUUCGAAACAAAAGAAAGAGAGGAGAGUCGAAACUAGUCGACUCAGCCGGGUGGUUCCUUCCUCUCUUCCCUUCUUCUGCGCCUCUAAUCUACAGGAGUCCCAUAGUCUCCUUUUUCAUCCUCGUCUUCUUCUACUGUAACUGAAGUGGCUUAGCAUCCAGGCAGGCUGUUGUUGCUGCUCAGCUUACUUUAGGAUGCCCUUGUUAAAAAGAACACCUUUCUCCUUGGCGGAAUCGCCUAAGGAUCUCGAGCCAAAAGAGCUCAUAUUCCAAAUUCGUUUCACAAAAGAGAUAUUCAGGGAUUAUAAUGAGUACUUGAACCAGAUUAAUCUUUAUCGCCAGAGAGUUUGGACGUGCAAGGCCACUGGGAAGACUAACUUGACUUAUGAAGAGGCUUUGGUCUCAGAAAAACGUGCUACCGAAAAGGUGCAGCAGUUUCCCAAAGAACUAGUGGUACCUGCACUACGAAUCAUCCAAUACAGCAUGCUUUCAUUGAGAGAUCUUGCUCAAACCUUAGCUGCAAAGUUGCAAGACCAUGUCUUCGAGGGUGCUGAACUGUAUGCAAGGAAGGAUGAUAAUGAAUAUCUAUGCAGAAUUUUGAAAAUUGUGGAGGAAGGUGAUGUAGUUAGAUAUAUGGUCGCAUGGCUUGAUCGGAAUAAGAAAGUUGUUGAGAAUUCAACUUUGGAUAAAAAAGAUUUAAUACAAAAGAAACUUCCUUUUAGUAGAGAUGUUUGGAAAUCGUUUAUUCGGGAAUCAACAUACAGAAAUGUUCCUUGGGUCCUUCAUGAUAAACUGGCGCAAAAACAUGGAAUCUCAACUGUAAUUCCUGAGGAGUUGAGAAGCAAAGUUUUCCUGCAGAACGGGGUAGUAGUGAUGUGCAGUAAGAAAAGAAAGAAUAGUGAGGAGGGAGAAGAUAAGCAUGGAAAAUCUAAGCUGAAGGCAGUGGAAUUGAAAGAAGAAGAUCAUCCAAGUGUGGAACCUAUCAAAUAUCCAAUUGAUGACCUCUUGGUGCAGCCUGGCGCGGAUGAUCCAGUCUUUACUGAUCGACCUGCUCCAUCAAGGGACUUUAAUGUUCCAAUGGAAUGUGUUGGAGAUCUCCUAUUGAUCUGGGAUUUUUGUUCAUCUUUUGGUCGACUGUUGCACUUGUCCCCUUACUCUCUUGAAGAUUUUGAAAAUGCUAUCUGCCACAAGGAGAGCAAUGCCAUUAUUCUUGUGGAAACUCAUUCUGCUCUUCUGCGGUUGCUCAUAAAAGAUGGGGGCAAGUAUUUAAUGGCAAUACAAAAACGAAAUCGGAAGUUAAAGAUUACUUUAAUGACCUGGACAGAGUAUUUGUGUGAUAUGUUAGAGAUGAUCAAGAUUCCUGAGUUAGGUACUUGCACAUCAACUAUUAAAAGGGGGCAUUAUGGCCUUUUAGAUACCCGUGUAAAAUUAGGAAUUCUUCGAGAAUUGGUUGAUCAGGUGCUGGAAACAAGUGUUUUUAGAGAGAAAAUGGAUGAGUUAGUUGAACAAAGGCAGGUCUUAGGGGCCGCAAGAAGGGAAGAAGCUUUAGAGGAAGCCAGAAAGAUAAGAGAAGCAAAAGAACUGUUGAAAGCCGAGUCACAUGUCAACGGAGUGACAAAUUCAGAGAGUGUAGAAAAUGUAUCAGCUAAUGGUUGUCACAUAAGGCAGAACGGGGACAAGGUUAAGAAAAUAAAUGGUGAGGAGUCUCCAUCUGAACAGGACGAUGCACAGGGCAAGAGUGAGAGCAAGAAACCAGAUACCCCAUCAAAGAAGAUGGCCAAGAAGCAUAAUGGGGAUGUGAAAGCACCAACAGAAAAUGGCAAAGACUCAUCUAGGAAGGAUGCAAUGAAACAGUUGGAGAAUGGCCAAAAACAAGGAGCAGUGAGAAGAACUAUAAAACAAAGAAGAGAAUAUUAUGAACGGGAGAUGGAGAAACGUUUUGUCUGCACCAACCCUUUGGGUAAAGACAAACAUUAUAAUAGGUAUUGGUGGUUUCGGCGUGAUGAGAGAAUAUUUGUGGAGAGUUCCGAUUCCAAGCAGUGGGGAUACUACAGCAGCAAGGAAGAGCUCGAUGCAUUGAUGGGUUCACUAAAUUGCAAGGGGGAGAGAGAGUGUGCGCUAAAAAAACAUUUGGAUAAAUUUUACGUCAGAAUAAGUGCUGAACUGCAAAAGAAAACAAAGGACGUGAUUCAAAGCAUUGCAUUGGAAGAGGCCGUGGUUCGAAGAUCCACACGUGUACGAGCUCCGCCAAGGGAAAAUCGAGCUAAUGCUUUCACAAGGUAUGUUAACAAGUGGAAGGAAGAGAGAGUGAGUGAGUGAGUGAGGGAGUCUGAUCUGGAGAAUAGCAAUAGGGAAGAGAAGUUGAUAUAUGCCCUUAUGUUAGCCAUAAAUAACAGUAAGUAACAGCAGCGAUUGGAUAUAAAAAGAAAGGAGACAAUGCAAUGCAUGCAACCAGGGUCAGUUGACUAACACAUGUUAUUUUGUUGUGAAAGAGGGAAAAUGGGUUGUCAAUUUUUCUGACCCAUUCCUCUCUCAACAUAUUUUGUUAACUUCAUUUUUGUAAGUGACUUGGACAUUCAACCUUAAUCAUUGCAAGUAGAUACAUAUGUCCACAUUCUUGUCUCCUUUCUUUCCCAUUUUGUAAAAAUCAGUGCUACGUUUUACUAAUUCCACAUCCUACUUAUGUCCA